CCCUUGUGAAGCUCAAAAAAGACCAGUGAUUUCAUUUCCCAAUGAUCUGUUUGGCAAUUCUUUCUUAGAGAACUUUAUAUUAUAAUCUUUUUGAGGUUUUCGGGGUGAAUGAAAUUUUCCAUUUUUAAUGUUUUGAUAAGUUUACGGUAUUCUUCUGCUUUGUUAUUUCUCCUUUUAGAAUGAAAUGAAAUGCUGAGAAAUAAAGCUUUCCUAUUCUGAUUUGGAUCUUUAUAAUGGGUAUCGGAAAGUCUAAAACGGAUCCCUGCCCUCUUUCUCUCACUUGGGGUAAAAGCCACAGUGUGGACACGAGUCAAAGACAGCACAAGUCAGAUUCCAAGAAAUCUGAAGAAACGUCCCUGAGUGACGCUGCUGCUCAUAGCAAUACAGCAGAGAUGCCAACAGGGGAGCAGGAGGGAGCCAAGGGAGUGGAGGAGAUGCCAGAAGAGGAAGCAGAAGAAGAGGUGUUCCUCAAAUUUGUGAUACUGCAUGCUGAAGAAGACACAGACGAAGCCCUCCGAGUCCAGAAUCUUCUGGAAAAUGACUUCGGCAUCAAACCUGGAAUAAUCUUUGCUGAGAUGCCAUGUGGCAGGCAGCAUUUACAGAAUUUGGAUGAUGCUGUCAAUGGGUCUGCCUGGACAAUCUUAUUAUUGACCAAAAACUUUUUAAGAGAUACCUGGUGUAAGUUCCAAUUCUAUACGUCCCUCAUGAACUCUGUUAACAGGCAGCACAAGUACAACUCCGUCAUCCCCAUGCGGCCUCUGAACAACCCCCUGCCCCGAGAAAGGACUCCCUUUGCUCUGCGAACCAUCAACGCCCUGGAGGAAGAAAGUCGUGGCUUUCCUACACAAGUGGAAAGGAUUUUUCAGGAUUCUGUAUAUAGGAUACAGUGGGCUAUAUGGAAAGAGACCAGAAAUACGGUACAAAGGCAAUUUAUUGCUUGAGACGGAACACACAACACACAACAGGCUCUUGUUUUGUAAAACAAAUGAUUUAUCUCCACUUGAGAAAGCAAAUUUCUAGGAAGAGUUUAGAUGAAAGAGAACCUUACUCUUACAGAAACUUAUGGAGCCCAAGAAAGAUAAAUUUCUGCAGGACAGUCUAUAGAAUUGUGGUACUUUUCAAUGUUUCCAUAAACUUGAAAUUGUCAGAGUUUCAAGAACUGUUUCCAAAAAAAAAAAAAAAAGAA